AUGGAUAAAAUGUUUGCCGAACUCGAUGCUUUGAACGAUCCUGACGUAAGUGAAAUGCUUGGUGGAAUUUUAGUUGUCAAUGGUUGGACAUUCUGUAAAUGUGGACAAGAAAAUUGUCAUGAAUGUUUAAUGGAUCAUCGAUUUACAAACAAUGAAGAAAAUGGUAUUGAUGAUAAUGGUAAAUAUCGUGAUUCAUUAGUAGUAGUUACAAAAAAAGUUGAUAAAUUUAAAUGGGCAUGUCAACGUCAUGAAUGUGUUGAUUGUCAAGAUUGUUUUAAUUUUAAAGAAAUAAUUCGAAAAGGUGAAAUUAAAAAUAAAAUUCAUGGAGCAAAGAUUGAAAAUGAGACAAUAUUCGAUCAGUCAUCCAUUAAAUUAUGUCAAUUACUUGAAAAUAUGGGUAUUGAUACAUCUAAAACAACACAAAAUAAUUUAAAAGAUUUGAAUAAAAAAAUUUUAUUAGCAUUGAGACGUGCUGAACGACUCGAUACAAUGUUUCCAUCAUCCAUUGAUCCGACUACAUUAUCAGAAUGGAAUAAAAUAACUGAUGGUUCAAUACAAAAUGCAUUUAAUAUCGUUAAUUUGAAUGAAGCAUAUGAAAAUUUUCAAAAAUUUAUACACACUGGAAAACGUGAGGCUAAUGACUUGGGUAUAAAUGCAUUUAUGGAUCUUCGUCAAACAUUUUUACAUUUUGGUUUGCAUUGUGAUAGUCAAAAACUUUCAAAUUUUAUUGAAAUAAUACAAGAUGAAAAACAACAAAGUGCAAUAUGUUUAAAAUUUCUUUCAGUAAAAAAAACAGUCGAUGGUUUACCAUUAAUUUUAUUAUUAUAUUCACAUGAAUUAAAAAUACGUGUCGAAUUAAUGUCUGAACAUAUGGCAUGGGUACAACAUCAAUUAAAAAAACAAAAAUUAUUUAUGUCUGUUAAUAGUACACUCGAUGAACAACGUUUAUUAUUAAAUUGUCUUGAAUUGAAUGCAACAAAAUUAAAACAUGGAAUUAAUGUUAAACGAGAAAAAUUUGAAAAUAAAAUGAAAUUAUCAUUUAUUAUUCCUGUUCGUCCAUUAAAUAUUGUAGACAUUGAAAAUAUUUUACAUAAUCAACAAUGUGUUGUAUGUUCAAAAUCAACAACAAAUACAUGUGGAAAAUGUAAAGCAAUGGCGUACUGUAGUCGUGAUUGUCAAACAAAAGAUUGGAGUGAACAUAAGAAAACAUGUAAGAAAUUUGAAGAUUUAUCAAAAGAAAAGAAAAUUUUGAAACAUCAUGCUGAUUUUAUUGAUAAUUCCUCUGUAUUAUCGCAGUUAACAUUAAACGAUGAUAUAAAUAAACAAGAUAAAUUUUGGUAA